GCGCGCCGCGGACCCGAAGGAAGACACCACGGAAGCCCUGCCACCCCUCGGCCGCCUUCGGCGAAGUCCGCGCGGACUCCGCGGCUCCCCUCAUCACGCCCCCGCCCCCCUCCAAGUCACUUAAAGGCGGCGACACCUGAUCCCGGCGCGCUCCACACGGGUCCCAGCCGGCCCCGGACACCCCUGCGCGGCAGCCGGGCGACCAGGCGAGCUAUGAAGUCUUACACUCCGUAUUUCAUACUCCUUUGGAGUGCUGUUGGGAUGGCAAGGGCUGCCAAAAUCAUCAUCGUGCCGCCAAUUAUGUUUGAAAGCCAUAUGUACAUUUUCAAGACGCUAGCCUCAGCCUUGCACGAGAGAGGCCAUCACACAGUGUUCCUCCUCUCAGAAGGCAGAGACAUAGCUCCAUCUCAUCAUUACAGCCUCCAGCGCUACCCAGGGAUCUUCAACAGUACCACCUCGGAUGCGUUCCUGCAGUCCAAAAUGCGGAAUAUUUUCUCUGGGAGAUUGACAGCAAUUGAGCUAUUUGACAUAUUAGAUCAUUAUACUAAGAACUGUGAUAUGAUGGUUGGCAACCAAGACCUAAUCCAGGGUCUGAAAAAAGAGAAGUUUGACCUGCUGCUGGUGGACCCAAACGAUAUGUGUGGAUUUGUGAUAGCUCAUCUUUUAGGGGUUCAGUAUGCUGUAUUUUCCACUGGCCUUUGGUAUCCUGCCGAAGUGGGUGCUCCUGCUCCGUUAGCCUAUGUUCCUGAGUUUAACUCACUCCUCACGGACCGCAUGAAUUUGCUACAAAGGAUGAAAAAUACCGGUGUUUACCUCAUUUCCAGAAUAGGGGUCAGCUUUCUGGUUCUUCCCAAAUAUGAAAGGAUAAUGCAGAAGUACAACUUGCUGCCAGAGAAGUCCAUGUAUGAUUUGGUUCAUGGGUCCAGUCUGUGGAUGCUGUGUACGGACGUGGCCCUGGAGUUUCCCAGACCUACCCUGCCGAAUGUUGUAUAUGUGGGAGGAAUUCUAACCAAGCCUGCCAGCCCAUUACCAGAAGAUCUCCAAAGAUGGGUAAACAGUGCUGAUGAACAUGGAUUUGUACUGGUAUCGUUUGGUGCUGGAGUUAAGUAUCUAUCAGAAGAAAUUGCUAACAAACUGGCAGGAGCUCUGGGGAGAUUGCCUCAAAAAGUGAUUUGGCGGUUUUCUGGAGCCAAACCAAAGAAUCUAGGAAACAACACCAAGCUCAUAGAGUGGUUACCGCAAAAUGACUUGCUGGGACAUUCAAAUAUCAAAGCCUUCCUGAGUCAUGGUGGCUUGAACAGUAUUUUUGAAACUAUGUAUCAUGGUGUACCAGUAGUGGGAAUCCCACUCUUCGGAGACCAUUACGAUACCAUGACCCGAGUACAGGCAAAAGGUAUGGGGAUCUUGCUGGAAUGGAAAACAGUUACUGAAGGAGAGCUGUAUGAAGCCCUGAUGAAAGUCAUCAAUAAUCCCAGCUAUCGGCAGAGGGCUCAGAAGCUGUCAGAAAUUCAUAAAGACCAACCUGGCCAUCCUGUCAAUCGGACUCUCUAUUGGAUAGAUUACAUUCUUCGCCACAACGGAGCCCACCACCUCCGUGCCACUGUCUAUCAGAUCUCUUUCUGUCAGUAUUUUUUACUGGAUAUUGCCUUUGUACUUUUGUUUGGUGCUGCAUUGUUUUACUUCCUCCUGACCCGCGUGACAACAUUUAUUUACAGAAAACUCACAAAUCUAUGGUCUAGAAAUAAGCAGAAUGUUGUUAAUGGACAUUACCACAAUGGAUUUCUCAAUGGUAAAUACAAAAGGAAUGGCCAUAUUAAACAUGAAAAGAAAGUAAAAUGAGCCAGCAGCCCAGGUGAUGGAAACAAAUCGAUCCAGCCACUGAGUUUAUAAUUUAGUCUAACAGCUACUAAAAGUAAAGUGUCAGUAAACAAUUCUAACCCUCCUUUAUCAGAUCUUACUAAUGAAAUUCUAUGGAUUUACAAUGGCUGUCCAAGAAAGCACAAACCUAAAAAUGCAAAAAUGUAUUUUAUUCCAAUACCAAUGCAGAGUUGGCCCUGAACCUUUAGAAGCCUUAAUUAUUUAAAUGAAUUUACCACACCUGGUCAGACCUUAGAUUUAAAUCUUGAUAUAUGUGUGUCAUGGAGAAGGAAUGGUCUUUUUUUUAAAAAAAAAAGUGUGUGUAUGUGUGUGUGUGUGUGUGUGUGUGUGUGUGUGUGUGUGUGUGUGUGAUGUAUAUGUCCCAAUUUUCAGAGAAUUUUCCAUCUGCCUGUUUUAUUUGUUGAGAGACUAUUACAGGUGAGAAUUGAAUGGAGAGAUAGAAAGACAGGAUCCAACUGUCCUUCUUCUAGCAUUUAACAUGAAUGCACUCAGAAUGCUACCAUACAGGAAAAGUAUUUCCCUCAACAGAAUGCAGAGGGAAAAAAUUGAAAAAGAUAAGUAGCACCAGUUUUGUUCCAUUUGUUAAUUUUGUUGUCUUGUAUUCUUGUUUUCCUUUUUUAUUGAUUGUGAGCCUUCUAGAGAAACAUAGAAUUAGGAACAUGUAUGAAUUUAUCACCGCUUACUUCUGUUUCCCUCCUACCAGUAGUUUUCUUCUGGGAAAAAAGUUGCAGCUUUUCUUAUUUUAAUGAGUGACAUUUUGUUAAAUGCAUCAUUUAAAGCAACAAAGCUGUGACUUUUGUUGAAAGUACUGAAGAUUAUUGCUCAUGUGGCCUUUUUAAAAACAGGGCUGUGGUGAAUGUUAAUGUAAUUGUUUUUUGGCUUUUCCAUCCUGUAUGUUUUGAAUGUUCAGGUGUUACAAUGCUAACAUGUUAAUGUGAAAGCUCCAUCUUCACCCCUUUUAGCCCUGUGGACCACACAAUCUAUAGUACAUAGGUGCCAACAUUCAAUUCUUUUCAAUGGAAUGGUGGAGGUUCUUGCUGUUGGUACCUGUUUUGACUGCAGGAGGGGCUGAGGUUUUGUUAACAAGUGAGACUUUACAUGAUACACAAAAGUGACAGAAUUGUCCCACCUGUUUAUACAAAUGAGUUUCUUUUCCCCUCCUUGGUCCUUCUGCUGCCUUCUCCAGUCAUGGUGGCUAACAGGAAACAGGGACAGUUUGAAUUUGCAGUGAAGUCACAGGCAUCAUAAAGUCAGGACACCGCUGGUGAACCAAUCUCUAGGUAGCAAGUACACAUUUAUCCCAUGUCUUUCUGUUUACUUCGUAUUUGCACUACACAUGUUGAGUGUGUGUUUUAUUUAUUUGUCAUUAGAAGUCCUAUGUCUGAGAGUAGAUUAACCUAGCAUUAACUUCACAUCAUUCACUUGUGUGGAAGAGUUGCGAAAAUUCUAGAAUGCUAAAAAUUCUUGUCAUACACAAUGACAUACAACUUCAUUCCUCCCACCAGGAGCCACUGUCCUACACUUAGAAAUACUGGCACAAGUAGUUUUCUAAUGUACAAUGCAGAUAAAUGUACUGCUCGCUGAAUACUUGAAGAAAUGGUAUUACACAUAUAAACUUAUCAGUCAUAUCUUUUCACAAUCCUACCACAGCGUUGCCGUUAAAGAGAUAAAAAAGACACAAGCCAUGAAUGGUGGGCUGAAAUGGGACUUAGAGUGUAUGAAUGAGUUGAUGUUACAUGUUUUGGAAUUUGAUGAAAUUGAAACUAGGCACUGACUGGAUGCAACAGUUAAUCUCCACUGUGAUUUAAAAAGGAAAACUUAAUAAACAUGAUUUAAAAUAGAGAAAUGUUGUUGGGAUACAAUUUUUUUAUUCAGAUUUUAUUUCAUAAUAUAUGACCAAU